CGGACAUACUUGAGGUGAACAUCAUGGUCACAGUCUACAAAUUUCUCCUGCAACGAUCAUAGGGCUUUGUGGCGACGUGGUUUAGCGCCCCAAUCGGCUAUAACCUGAAGGCAAGUAGAAACGAAGCGGAGGGCCCAGCGACAGAGUGACGUAAGGUGCAGGUACCGGAGUAUCUCAAACCCAUCUAUCAGACAAUGCUGCUCAGGAAGUUCCCAAACAUACCUAGGCUUUAUAAGAGCUGUGCCCGUCAAAGUGCUUUCAUUCCAUGUCUUCACAGCAUCAGCAUCGAUAUUCAGCAUUGCGGUCGCCACGAUGAAGUCCUGGAAGGUUGCACUACUACCCGCACUCGCCAAUACUCGGCUGACGGUGGCAUUGGAUAAUGGAGUUGGGUUGAAACCUCAUAUGGGUUGGAGCAGCUGGAAUGUCGCUCAAUGCAACGCAGCCUCAGCCAGGUAUGCCCUCGCAACGGCAGACAAGUUCAUUUCUCUUGGACUCAAGGACCUUGGGUAUGAAUACAUCAACAUCGACGACUGCUGGUCCACCAAGAGCCGUGACAGCUCUGGAAGGCUCGUACCCGACCCAGCCAAAUGGCCCAACGGCAUCAAAGCCGUCACCGACAGGAUCCACAGCAUGGGACUCAAGUUCGGCCUGUACGGCUGCGCUGGCGACAAGACGUGCGCUGGAUACCCAGGAAACGAGGGCCACGAAAGGGGUGAUGUUGACCAGUUGGUGAGUUGGGGAGUCGACUUCUGGAAGUACGACAACUGCUACACACCCUGCCGUCAAAAUCCUCGCCCUCAAACUUGUACCAGCCCGGCCGGUAGCACCAAGACUUGGUACGCGCCCAUGAGAGACGCCAUUCUCGGAGUUCAAAACACCAAAAAGCUGCAUUUCAACCUCUGCAACUGGGGCCGUGACGAAGUCUGGACUUGGGGUGCUAGUUACGGUCACUCAUGGAGAAUGAGCGUAGACAACUGGGGCGACUGGGCCAGUGUCGAGCGUAUCGGCAGUGCAGCCGCCGGGAUCUACCAGCACAGUGCUCCAGGCGGCUUCAACGACCUCGACAUGCUCUACCUUGGAUCCUCCAAGCUCAACACGAACCAGGAGAAAUUGCACUUUGGUCUCUGGGCCAUCACCAAGUCUCCUCUCGUACUGGGCUUGGAUCUCGAAAAGAUUUCCAACUCCACCCUGGACAUCAUCCGGAACAAGGGCUUGAUUGACAUCAACCAGGACUCUCUCGGCAAGGCGGCAACAACCUUUCGUCCUCCCGGUGCGCCAGCACCAGUAAAUGGCAAGAUCUACCCGUAUUGGGCUGGGCCGCUGUCGGAUGGUGUGGUUGUUGGGCUUUGUGCUGGCACUUCGGCGGGAACCUACAGCGUCAACUUUAAGGAUGUCCCUGGCUUGGGUGGCUCUGGAUCGUAUGAGUGGAGGGAGAUGUAUACUGGCCAGACUGGGAAAGGGACGAGUGCUUCGUUCAAUAUCGGCCUGCACGAUAUGCGCGUCAUCAAGGUCAUGAAGGUUUAGAUGGAAAUAUGAAAUGGCCCCAAAGAUAGGCAGUUGGAUGGCUGCAACCAAGGUUGAUCGGGUGUUGGAUAGGUAGGUAGUUUAGGGUAUCUAAAUACAUAUGCUUGGCAGGUCCUUAAUCA